UGCACUCAGAGAGUCGAAAUGAGGAAAUGUUAACUUCGAGCUGAAGUCGUCUGAUAAGCUUCUGAAGCUAAAAUAGAGAGAAGACCUGCGGAAGAGAGGCGGUUACCAGACUGGGCUUCGCUUAUAGCAGGAUCCGGAUUGUGAAGAGAACGCGGAUCCUGUCAGUAGGGAUGUCCUGGAAAGUUCAACUGGUGCUGUGGAUCGUCCUGGUUCCCGUGGUCUCGGGUCUCCAACCUGAGAGGAAUUCAAGACCCGAAUGCAAUUUUUUUCCCAGAUCCUUUGCUGGACUCCAGCUUCAUGAUCUUCUUAAAUGUAACAAUUCACAGCAGAACAUGUCAAGACAAGAAUUGAAUGGAAAUCAUUCCCAUAGCUCAAGGAGUUACAAAACAGUGAAAGUUUCAGACGUAGCAAGGCAAUAUCUGAGGAGCAAAUGGAUGACGUUAGUCAUUCCUUUUGUUUACACAUUUGUAUUUACUGCAAGCUUGCCUCUUAACUUCCUGGCAAUCCUAAUAUUCCUCUUUAAACUAAAGUUCACAAAUCCAACAGUGAUUUACAUGAUGAAUUUGGCUGUGGCAGAUCUGUUAUUUGUGCUGCUGCUUCCUCUGAAGAUUUCCUACCACUUUUCUGGCAAUGACUGGGGAUUUGGCUCUUUUGUGUGCCAAUUGGUUACUGGUGGCUUUUAUGCUUAUAUGUACUGUUCAGUGCUGCUGAUGAUGUGCAUUAGUGUUGACCGAUUUCUUGCUGUGGUUUAUCCAAUCAAAUCUUCCUCUUGGAGGACCCGGGGACGAGUAGUAGGGCUCUGUCUCAUCAUGUGGCUUCUAGCUAUUUGUGGUGCUUUGCCACUCUUCUUAAUUGAACAAACUGUGUAUGUCAUUGACUUGAAUAUUACAACUUGCCAUGAUGUGCUACCUCUUUCAGUACUGCAAACGUAUUCUGUCUACUAUUUUCCCUCUUUAUGUAUUCUAUUCUUUGUAAUUCCCCUGAUUGUAACCACAGUCUGUUACGGGAGUAUUAUCUCAACCCUUCAUUCAGCAAGUAUGGCAAACCAGUACGGGAAGAGACAUGCUUUCUUUCUAGCUAUAAUUGUACUUGGUGUGUUUAUUGUCUGUUUUACACCAACUAAUAUAAUUUUGCUGAUACACUAUCUUCAUUUUUUUCAUGCACCAAGUGAUUCCCUGUAUUUUGUCUACAUGCCAUGUGUAUGCAUAUGCAGUGUGAGCUGUUGCCUCGAUCCAUUGAUUUAUUAUUAUGCUUCAUCAAUGUUCCAGAAACAGUUACAUCACCUUUUACAUUCUAUGGAAGUUGAAAGCAUUCAAGUAAAAAAACUGAUUAAUAAAAUGGAGACCUCCACUCCCCAUCCAUGGAAUCUGCAGCAUGUUAUUAAGGAAAACGUGAUAAAUACAUACUAGGAUUUUAUUUUGGUAAUCUUAUGAAGUACAGCAGAUUUCUAAUACUCAUGGAUGCAGCCAACUGAUAUCAAAUUAGUUUGUACUGUUUUCCAUAUUUGUCCACUGCAGAUGUCUGUGCACAAAGUGUCACAGCUAGUUUUGGCUGAACCAUCUUCUUAAUUGUACUGUGUUUCUCACAGUAUUUAUGUCUCUUUUUGCCCAAUUGGUUUGAGUUUUGCAAUGGGGGGGAGAGUUCCAACCAUAACAAUUUUAUUUACUGAUGCUUUAAGCAUUUUCCUACAUGAAAUCUCUGAGAACAGAAGGAUGUGCAGCCAUGGGGACUGUUUCUCUUGUAUGAGAUUCCCAGAAAAGCUGCUUUAACAACAUUCCCAAAAAUGGAGACAUGCAAGACUGCAGAUGCUGGAAUCUGGAGCAAAAUACUAACUGCUGAUCGAACUCAAGGGUCAGGCAGCAUCGGUGGAGGGAAAUGGACAGUUUCAGGUUGAGACUCUUCAUGUGGACAAUUUUCACAAUUGUACUGCACCUGUUUUUUAUUUUACUUGGAGAUUUUUAUAAAUUACACAAUAUGUUCUGCCAUGAAUAGAUUACACCUUGGUGCAUGUCCAUAGUUCAUCUGCCUUCUAAGGUUUCUAACACAUGAGAGUCAAGUUGACAAUUUUACAAACUAAAAGCAACAGAUUUAAAAAAAACUUUCUCUUCUUCUGAUAUCAGAAGUAGACAGCUAUUAAAUCAAACUAUCUGAUCUUGUAUUUGCUGAGUAACAACUGAAAACACCCUUACCUAUUGUACAACAUAUUGUGAAAUUUAUAGCGCUCUUCAUGUAAAAUGAAAAACAGAUGCAGAAUUCCAGAGGACUGCAUGAAACAGUCAGUGCCACCAGACCCUAACAAAAUAAAUGCAAAGAUUGAGAAUUCUGUGCCAAACCCAUUUACGGCCUUAUAAAAAGGGAAAAUGGACUCUUCUGUAAGGAUGAGAGAGUAAACCCGAAGACUGAAUACUUAUUGUGUUAUGUACAUUUCUUGAUUAUUAUUUUAAUAUUUUGUUAAAGUGUAAUAAAAUGUUGCCAAAUAUAAUAGAUUGAAAAAAACCAUGGCUGUGAAAAUGUAU